GCGACGCGACGAAACAGCGCAGAUCGCUUGGCCAAUUAUAAUGGCAGCGUUGUAGUUUUGACGCGUCGCGUCUCUCGCAGUUUACAGCACAGCAACAAGCUCGAGCUGCACAACCGGUUAGACGCCUCCAAACCCGGAAGACGCGCGUGUAAGGGAUGGGAAAGAUCUCUCUUCAUUUCUUUUGAUCAAACUUUAUUAUAAUUCACAAAACGUGGACUCCUGUCAGUCACUUCUGGUCACACAACAGCUUUGAUAAGGAUGGCAGCGUCCGCGAUCUUCAUCCUGGACCUUAAAGGCAAGGUGCUCAUAUGUCGAAACUACAUGGGCAAUGUGGACAUAAGUGAGAUCGACAACUUUAUGCCCAUAAUGAUGAAGAGAGAGGAAGAUGCCGAUUUGUCACCAGUGGUUAUUCACGGCUCUACCCACUACCUCUGGAUAAAGCAUAGCAACCUCUACUUGGUUGCAAUAACAAAGAGGAAUACCAAUGCUGCUCUUGUAUACUCCUUCCUGUACAAAUUAGUGGAGGUGUUCAUUGAAUAUUUCAAGUCACUGGAAGAAGAGAGUAUUCGAGACAAUUUUGUGACCGUAUAUGAGCUAAUGGAAGAAGUCAUGGACUUUGGAUUCCCUCAGACCACUGACAGCAAGAUCUUACUAGAGUACAUCACCCAACAGGGGCAUAAACUGGAGGUGGGAGCGCCACGGCCCCCAGCUACAGUAACCAAUGCUGUGUCUUGGAGGUCAGAAGGCAUCAAAUAUAGAAAAAAUGAAGUCUUCAUGGAUGUCAUUGAGUCUGUCAAUCUAUUGGUCAGUGCUACAGGCAGUGUCCUGCGUAGCGAGAUUCUGGGCUGCAUCAAAAUCAAUGUCGUUCUGUCAGGCAUGCCUGAGUUAAGGCUCGGACUCAAUGACAAAGUUCUCUUCGAGAUCACAGGCCGUGAGUAUACCUAUCCAUCUUUAAAACUGAAAGAUAUAAUUUUUUGA